UGUCAAGACAGGACAAGAAAAGAAAAUCAUAAUGCAUUUUAAACCCUCUCAAAGGCACUGUACAACUGUGGUCUAUGGUCUACCUUGCUCUGAAAAAGGUAAGUGGUGAGUCGUGACUGGUGAUGGGACAGAAAAGUAUAUCAUGCAUACCACGCAGUACUGCAGAAUAUCAUAUAUCACCCAUGGGUUACGAGUCUACGACAGAUCCCGAGAGCCCACGAGGGUUCGUCAGUCGUCAGUCCUCAGUCGUCAUUCAUGGAGUCGUGGAGUCGUGGAGUCGUGGAGUCGUGGAGUCGUGGAGUCGUGGAGUCGUGGAGUCGUGGAGUCAUGGAGUUGUGGAGAACAGAAAGAGAUUAGAAAGAGAACAGAAUGAAAAUAAAAAAGAGAAGAGAAAGAGAAUAGAAAGGUCAUGCAUAAUGCAAUUUACCCGGCCGGACCAAAAUGUAUAAUAAGUCCGAAGUCCGGCAAUAAUGAAGAGGACUUGAUAAACCAAAUCACUCAAUGGAAUGCA